CGCUGCGGCCGCGGCCCCGGUGCGGCCCGGGCGGGACAUGGCCCCGCGGGGCCCUCCCGGCGCCGCCAUGCCCAAGCGGGGCGGCCGCAAGCGCCUCAAGUUCCGCGCCCACGACCUCUGCUCCGAGCGCGUGACAGUGGCAGAUUAUGCCAACUCAGACCCAGCUGUGGUGAAAACUGGACGGGUGAAAAAGGCUGUGGCCAAUGCAGUGCAGCAGGAAGUGAAGUCCCUCUGUGGCUUGGAAGCUUCCUGUGUUCCUGCUGAGGAAGUGCUCUCGGUGCCGGGGGAGUCCUGUGGCAGCAGUGAUGAGAUGGACACCAAGGAAAGCCUCGGUGGGAGAGCUGCCUCCAGGAAAAAGAAGAGCAAGAGGCACAAAGAGAGCCCCGAGGGGGGUGGUGGAGAGGAGUACCCCAUCGACAUCUGGCUGCUGCUGGCCUCCUACAUCCGCCCCGAGGACAUCGUCAGGUUUGCUCUCAUCUGCAAGAAGGCCUGGACAGUGACCUGCACUGCUGCCUUCUGGACCAGGCUCUACAGGAGGCACUACAGCCUGGAUGCCUACCUGCCGCUGCGCCUGCGCCCGGAGUCCAUGGAGCGGCUGCACUGCCUGCGCGCCUGCGUCAUCCGCUCGCUCUACCACAUGUACGAGCCCUUCGCCUCCCGCCUGGCCAGGCUGCCUGCCAUCCCAGACAGCACCCCCAGCACUUUAAAGAACUCCAGAUGUCUGCUUUUCUGGUGCAAAAAGAUUGAAGGCAACAGACAAGAACCAAUGUGGGAGUUCAACUUCAAGUUCAAAAAGCAGUCUCCCAGAUUCAAGAGCAAGUGUUGCAAAGGGCUUCAGCCACCCAUUCAGUACGAGGAGGUCCACACAAACCCAGAUCAGGAUUGCUGUCUGCUGCAGAUCACCACCUUCAACUUCAUAUUCGUGCCAAUAGUCAUGGUUCUCCGUCUCGGUCAGCUCGGACAUGCGGCACCACCGAGUGCGUUUGGGCUUCCAGGACACUCCCCUGCGCAGCGGCAGGAAGCCUCGUCCCGACCAGGGCCUGCAGGUGGUGCUGGACCCCGUGCACAGCGUCAGGCUGCUGGACUGGUGGCACCCUCAGUACCCCUUCUCCCCCAAAGCUUAGCCCUGCCCCUGGAGCCAGCUGGGCUGGGGCUGAAGAGGAGCAGCCAGGAGCUGGAUUUCUUUCUUUCUUUUCCUACCUUGGGGCAGCCUCCUGGCAGCUGGGCAGAGGGUGCCUGUGCCAGGCUGAGCCCUGGGGGGCAGAGCUGAGUGUGAAGCAGAAACUCUGUGUGAAAAACACCACAACUUUUAUGUCAACUUCACCUUUUGAUGAUUUGAGAGGAGCUCCCUGGAACUGUUGGGUUAAAAACUGCCUUUUUUUGGUGCUAA